GGAACACUUUCACCAAAUAAUGUAACGCGAGAAUUGCCCGUGAAUUGUAUCAAAAAAUUUCUAGAGAUUCGACGUCAAGUAUGUUUUAAUUUAUUUAUCUUCUUUAUUUUUCCUUCUUUCUUUGCUUAGAUUGAUAAGCGUCAUGAAUUAAUGAUGCAUAAUUCAAUGGUACCUAAAACACCAAAAGACUUUAACGAAUUUUCAAUGGUUAAAAAGAACUAUCUAACUUCGUCGUCAACAUUGACACCAGAAGAUUUAUGUAUUGAGAAAUGUCCUCCACCUAAUGAUCUUGAUAAACAACUCACGGAGCUAUUUAUUCGACAAGAAGAUGAAAGAUAUCGUAUGCGUUUAAGGCAUCAAGUUGAAAGAGACAAACUGAUUUUAUCUCAUGAGCAAGACAUUCUUCGAUUAUACGGAAAUGCCACACGAUCGUCAAUUAAUCAAGAUAUUCCAUUUAGCUAUUGUGCGUUACUCAAAGACAGUGAAGUGUAUAAUUUUCCAUCAUCACUGCAAACUGACAAAGAACGGUUGACGGAUAGUGAUGGAAAACCUUUGAAUAAUGAGACUGCAAAACGAAAACAUCGUUGGAAUGGACGAUUUUUUAUAAAGACAAUAGACGAUUCCAAUUUCAAAUAUAAACGUUUUAGUAUGAUUCAAAAAACAAAAGAUUUAGUUUCGAAUACGAUCAUUCGUUAUAAUGCGACUGAGGAUGGUAGUGCGAAUUCGUAUGUGUUAGCAUUUGUUUUACUUCGUGCGGGCUGUGAACCGGCUGCCUAUGAUUUCGAAGAUUUUAUGGCAAUGGAUCGUGAAGAAAGAGAUGAUUUAAUCAAAGAAAAGUGGUCUGGUGAGCGAGUUUUAAUGAAACAAACAAGAGAAGAGGAGGAAGAGGAGAAAAAUCAUGAACGUUUUGAAGCAUUUCAAGCAUUAAUUGGCUGUUUACUUAUUAAAGAUGUUACGGCUGAAAAUAAUCAAACCAAUUUGAAAAAAAUUAUUCAACUUUAUUGUGAUGAACUUCAUUCACCAAUUUUGUCUUAUCGCUAUUCUGUUCUAUUGGCUUUGAUUAGCAUCUUGAAAGGUCUAUUAACAGCAACUGUUCAUUCCAGUUCAAGUAAACCAGGAAAGAUAUGUCCAUAUCUUGGACAAAAAGAUAGUGCCAAAAUUACGAAAUAUGUGUCAGAUAUUGUAACAAAUUCAAUACGUAAACGUUUACAUGAUAGUCAAGUAAAUAUUCGUGAUGUAGCCUAUUCAGGUUUAUUAACAUUGUGCCAAUUAUCACCAAAAGUUAUUUCAAGUGAUACAAUUCGUGAAUGUAUUUAUGAUAUUGAUGUGCAAAAUGAUCGUUUUCUCGAUGCUAUACGUAUAAUACGAACAUUGUGUGGUCAUAAAGAUCUUGAAAAUGACAAAAUUUAUUCACAUAUAAAACAAAUUUUAGCUGUUAUUACAUCAAAAACUUAUAGUCCAAAAACGAUUGCAAAUAACAAUGCUAUAUACAUGUUAAUCAAUGAUAUAUGGAAAUCAUUUAGUGAUUUAUUUACAUUUGAUAUUAUAGCCUAUUUUGGAUGUGAUAUAUUUCAUAGUAAUACUACAAAACAAAAAAAUGCAUUAAAUUUUUUAAUAAAAGUUCUUCAAGAUAAAGAAAAACAACAACGAUUAGAUUUUGAUAUAUUAUUUUGGGAAUAUAUGAUUGUUUUACAUAAAAAAGUUUUCAAAAAUUUAUUAAGUGAUGAUUCUUGUAAAAAUAUGAUGCGUGGAAUUGAGACUAAUUUGAAAAUAUCUUCAUUUUUAACAAGAAUAAAUUGUAUUGAAUAUUAUAUUGAAGUUCAAAUAGGUGAUGAAUUUGAUACGUCUACAAUUUUAUCCGUAUUUCAAAUUCUACGUGCAUUAUAUUUCGUUCAUCUUCGACAUCAUCAAACUCAUGUUGAAUCUACAUUAAAUCAAAUUGUUGAUUCAAAUUUUAAUGAUAAUGUGUUAACAGCAUCAUCUGGCGCUUUCGUUCCAAUGGAGAUAAAAAAUUCACAAAAUUCUAUUUGCAAAGAGAUUGCAAGCUUAAUAUUUAGAUUUUCGACAAAAAUUAUUCAACAAAAAGUUGAAACUGAUAAUCAAAUAUUGAAUGAAUUAAUGAAAAGUAUUCAGAUAUGUUUGGAAAGUUUACCAUUAGAUAUCAAUGAAAAUUCAAUGAAUAUCGAUGAAUUAUUAGAUGAAGUGUAUACACGAUUGACCCUAAGCAGUGGUGAAAAACGAACAGAAAUGGAUACUAGCCAAAAUGAAAUUGACGACAAAACAGAGUUGGAGGAAGGGGAUGAAAAUCAAGAAUGA